AUGAGAGUUUUAGUUGCGGUUAUUGUUUUGGUAGAUCUCGCAGAUUCCACGAAAAAAUCUGUACGAGCAGUUUUCGAGGCCGCGAAUCUCCUUAAAGAUCUUAAUAUCCCGAACAAAAGUUACGAGCUAGUGACAGUGAAAUUUGGCCCCGCAAUAUGUUAUUUAGGCAACGACUUGACGAAAGCUAAUACUUUUAUCAAGCCUACGUACCAUUUCAACUUUUUAUAUCAUAAAUUCUACACCCUACUAAUGACUGAGCCGGACAUGACGACACAAACAGCUCCGUUGCCAAAGGAACUUUUCCACUGGUUAGUCGGAAAUAUUCCUGGGAAUAGAUCAUCCUCAGGAGAAGAGUUAAUAGGUUACUUGCCACCACUAUCGCCACCUGGAACUAAGGCUCAUCGUUACACAUUUCUGCUUUACCAACAACCUAAGAAAUUGAAUUUCACCGAUGACUCCCUCUUGGGGAUUGAUCUGAUCAACCGGCUGUUUAGAACAGCAAGAGCUUUUGCGAAGAAAUAUAAACUUGGCGAUCCUAUUGCCGCAAAUUUCUGCUAUAAAGGGUUUGACCUUCCUAUUGUACACGGAGCGCUCAAUAUGAUAAGAUUUUUUCCAGUCUUGAUUGGAGUGUUCGCCGUAGUGACAGCAUAUGGUGAUUUUAGUUAUAUCGAGUAUGGUAUCAUACCAGAUGUUUUGAAUUUUGAACCAUAUGCUCUGUUACAAUUAAUAUAUGGCGACAUAUUCGUUAACCCAGGAGAUAUUUUGACACCAACAGAAGCCAAAGAUGCACCAGAAAUUUAUUACCCAUUCCAAGAUGGAGAGUAUUAUUUUUUUGUAUUGACAGGUCCGGAUGCUCCGGGGGACAGUUAUGAAACAAUGCCGGAAUUUUGGCACGGUGCGAUAGUAAAUAUUCCUGGUGACAGAAUUUCAGAAGGAGAAACUCUGAUGGGCUACAUGACUCCAAGUCCUCCUGACGACAAUUUUUACCAUAGAUAUGUUUACCUGGUUUACAAGCAACCUUGCCUGCUGGAUUUUGUAGACGAGCCGCGGAUAUCCGAGACUGAAACCAAGGGAAGAUCUGCCAAGUCUGUGAGGAAGUUCGCGGAGAAAUAUGACCUGGGGGAUCCAAUUGCUGGAAACUUUAUCCGGGCCACUGCUGACGAGUACAGCUUACAGCUUCGAAGUCAAAUGUUGUGA